CUGCUCCGGCAGCUCAAUUCAGCGCAUUCACAUCAUACUCCUUCUAACACUCAUUGAUCAACUCUGUUGUCACUUCUAAAACAACACCACCCUCACUACACAUCGUCAUCAUGUCUUUCCUCUUCGGCGGCGCCCCCAAGCUUUCCUCGGAACAGAAGAUUGCUGCGGCUGAGACGGAAGUUGAGAUGGUCACCGACAUGUUCAGCCGUCUCACCGAGUCCUGCAUCAAGAAGUGCAUUCCCAACGACUACCGCGAAGGCGACCUCAACAAGGGCGAGUCCGUCUGCAUUGACCGCUGUGUCGGCAAGUUCUUCGAAGUCAACAUGAAGGUCAGCGAGAAGAUGCAGGGUGAGGCGAACCAGAAGGGCGGCAUGGGUGGUUUCGGCAUGUAAAGUGCGAGGUCAACGAAAUGAUUGUUCAUCUAAUUGGAUCUUUUGCUGUUCUUUCAUAAAACGUGUAUAAUCUAUUCGGGUUUUCAGAUCUGUCAUGCUUGCUCUUCUGGAUGGCUUGUUUUCCUUUGGUCUCUCUUAUGGCAUGACUGAACAGGAGCGGAAGGCCUGGGUUUUAUGCUAAUUGGGAUGGAUGACUUCCGCUCGGACAUGGAUAUACAGGGUUGUUUGGUUCUGGGAUUGGGGGUUUGCUGUUAGCGAAGGCUGGGUCUUUGGCAUUGCACGGUCAACGCGAACUGCGCAAGUCUAUCUCGGAAAUUAUGUACAUUAGAAAUGAUAUAUGUCUACAAGGCUUCUUUCUGGGAAAAGAGAAUUUGCAGUCAC